CUAAAAUAAACAAGCUUCCUCAUUAAAUUAAACAAUAAAAGGUAAAAAGUACUCAUCAAAGAAAAACCUUAGGUUUUUGACCUUAUGAAAGAAGCAAAAAUUAGAGCAAUGAACCCUUCCCUACUGAUAUAUAUAUAUAUAGAGAGAUAUAAAUGAUUCACCGUGAUACCUUUGAUCUAUUAAUCAAUCACAAUCUCUCUCUCUCUCUCUGACAGCUACAAUGGCUCAUUCAAGUGCCUUGACACCAUUCCUGGGGAUGACAUUCAUUCUGAUGAGUAUGUUUUUUACAUGCACUCAUGUGGAGGCGGAGUAUCUGAGCCUGGACUACUAUUUGAAAUCGUGCCCCAAGGCUAUUUCGAUAAUCAGGUCUGAGAUGGAGUGUGCAGUGCGGGAGGAGCCUCGAAUGGCCGCCUCCAUCCUUCGUCUCCAUUUCCAUGACUGCUUUGUGCAGGGAUGUGAUGGGUCGGUUUUACUCGACAACACCGUUACUCUCCAUGGCGAAAAGAGUGCAGAACAGAAUUUGAAUUCUCUCAGAGGAUUUGAGGUGGUUGACAAGAUAAAAAAUAAGCUUGAAUCCGAGUGCCCCGGAAUUGUAUCUUGUGCUGAUUUGCUAGCCAUUGCAGCAAGAGAUGCAGUAAUUUUGGUUGGGGGGCCAUAUUGGGAAGUUCCGGUGGGUCGAAAGGAUUCGCGGACCGCCAGUUUUGUUGGUGCGAGCACAGACAUUCCUACUGCUAACCAAGGCCUGCUUACUCUUGUCUCCAAAUUUCUUGUAAAAGGCCUUUCAGUUACAGACAUGGUAGCUCUAGUAGGGUCCCACACGAUCGGAGUGGCUCGUUGCACCAACUUUAGAGAGAGAAUUUAUGGUGACUUCAAGCUAACUUCCGGCAUGAAUGGGCUGCUUGGUGCAGCAUACCUCAAUAAUCUACAAUCUAUUUGCCCGGAAAAUGGUGCAAAUGGUGAUAAAACCUCUGCCUUAGACUAUACCACCCCGACCCUCUUUGACAAUUCUUUCUUUCAAAUUCUUGCGAGGGGAGAAGGUCUGUUAAACUCUGAUCAAGAGAUGUAUUCGAGCCUUUUUGGGAUAGAGACUAAAAAGAUCAUUCAAAGAUAUGCCGAGGAUCCCAAUGCAUUCUUCAAGCAAUUUUCUGACUCGAUGGUGAAGAUGGGCAACAUCACAAAUCCAGAGAGCCAGAUAUCAGGUGAAGUUCGAGAAAAUUGUCGCUUCAUAAAUGCAUGAUUUGGCAUAUAUUGCCAAUAAUGUGAUGAGCACUAGUGCAAUACACAAGCCUCAUUAUUAUUAUUAUUAUUAUUACUGUUGUUGUUAUUGUUAUGAAUGUUAUCAAGGAAAUAAGGGAAAAUUCCCAUGGCUUUUUUAUUUUUGGAUUGUUUCGAAGGAGUAUAACAAUAGGACUUUAUGGAAAUGAAUAUAUGGAAGUACAUCUAAUCCAA